AUGCUGAAGCCGAGAUGUGCGUGCUCUCUGCUUUUCAAAUCUCUGCUUAGUAGACGGCACAUACGCUAUAGCUCUUCAGAGACAAAGCCGUUCUAUAUAACAACGCCCAUCUUCUACGUCAAUGCUAAACCUCACAUCGGCCAUCUUUAUACAGAAGUGCUUUCUGAUGUUUUGAGGCGUCACCAGCUCUUUGCAGGCCAGCAAGCUACUCUGCUGACAGGUACAGAUGAACAUGGUAUGAAGGUUGCGCAAGCUGCACAGGUGGCCAACAAGUCACCCAAGGAGUUCUGCGACUCGGCUGCCGAAGUUUUCAAGGAUCUGCCUGGCCGUGCCAAUGUUCACUAUGAUCGUUUCAUUCGGACCACAGAUGCGGAUCAUAAGCUGGCAGUAGAAGCGUUCUGGAGGAAGCUAGAGGAGCGUGGAUAUAUCUACAAAGGAUCUCAUUCUGGUUGGUACUCCAUCAGCGAUGAGACCUUUUAUCCCGAGUCAAGCAUAAAACGCAACGUCCAUCCUGAGACUGGCGAAGAAGUCGUCACCUCGCAAGAGACUGGUUCUCUCGUGAAGUGGACCAAAGAGGAGAACUAUCACUUCCGCCUUAGCAGCAUGAAGCAAGCCUUGCUCGACCUUUACAAGAGCAAACCAGACUUCAUCUUGCCGCAAAUACGCUACGACGACAUUAUUCGCAGCGUAGAAGCGGGACUGAGUGAUUUGUCGAUAUCGAGACCGUCGGAACGCUUGACCUGGGGACUCCCCGUGCCAGGUGAUUCCUCACAAACCAUCUACGUCUGGCUAGAUGCACUAGUCAACUACAUCACUGCUGCUGGCUAUCCAGAUUUGGCAUCCAUGGAAAGUCAGCGGCUAUGGCCUGCCGAUUUGCAAGUCAUUGGCAAGGACAUCAUGCGUUUUCAUUGCAUUUACUGGCCUGCUUUCCUUCUAGCUGCAGAGCUACCUGUCCAACGACAGGUUCUUUCACAUGCACAUUGGACGGUCGACAAUAUGAAGAUGAGCAAAAGCAUUGGCAAUGUUGUUGACCCCUGGGAAGCAAUCAGCCAUUACGGCGUAGAUGCUGUUCGGUACUAUCUCAUGCGUGAUGGGCGACUGGAGAAUGAUGGAUCUUACUCAAGCUCCAACGUCAUACUCAGAUACAACACCGAGCUCGUUGGUGGCGUGGGAAACCUUGUUCAGCGCAUCACAUCCACUGCAUUUGCUGAGCUAGCUGCUAUGCCACGUCCCGUGCCAGCGACGUGUUCGCCGAAAGUGGCCGAAUUUGCUCAAGCUGUCGAUACGUACGCAGCCUCAUACGCGGACAAUAUGGGCAAGCAGUUUCUGAUACACAAGGCACUUCAAGACAUUGUAGACUUGGUUUACAAGUGCAAUACAUUUUUUCAGCAUUCGGCGCCGUGGUUCAAAGACAUACCGCUUGAGGAACGUCGAGCAGCGUUGUAUGCUGGUCAAGAAGGUGCACGGGUGGCUGCUUUACUUCUACAAGCAAUCGUACCAGAUGCUGCAUGCGCACUGCUAGAUCGCCUCGGUGUCAAGGCCGACAAGCGGACAUUGCCGUUUGCCAAGUUUGGCACCGACGACACAUACUCGCCUGUGGCUUCGCGUGAUCGGAUGUUUACCUUGUUGGUGGAUAGCGAGAAGGUGGUGGACAAUGCUGACACUAAAGCAAUAAAGAAUGGUAUCAAGUAG